AUGGCCCCCCUGGUCCCCAUCUUCUCCGCCGAAGCCCUCCCCGACCACGUCAGCAUCGUGCGCAAAAACUUCCAAGAGCGACGUCGCAAGGGCGGUCCCGUCGAGCUGGAGAAGUGCAAGCUACUCGAAAUGGUGCAAUACUCGUGUAAUCCGCCACAGGAUGGGAUUCCUGCCCCCGGAGUGGUGGUCUGCAAGCCGGUGGUGCGACUGUUCAGACGGUGUGCCAACGGGUUGACGAUCGAGACGACAGCGUGGGAGCCCAUCCGUCUAGAGGAGGAGGCGAAGCGCAAGGCUGUCAAGAGCAGCUCGAAAGUGGAAGACAAAUGA